GUGUUGUAGAAUUUUUGUUAUAUAUAUAUAUAUAUAGCAGAUCCUUUGUAAUAAUUAUAACAGUAUAUAUGUAAGUAUAAGGAGCUCGUUUGGUUGCGUGGUCUGAAACCAGAUAAUUUGGGUUUACAGUUAAAUUAAAGAGUGAGAUUUUCUCUGCAAUUACUUGGAGAAAUUUAACAGAGAGAGAUUAUUGGGAAUUUUGGAUUUAUCGGAGUUUGGGUUUCGAUUGUGGCCGCCGAUUGAUCGUUGUGGCGGCGAUGGCCGGGCGGAGAGAAAGGACGGUUGGGGAGCUGUGCAAUGCGACGGAGUCGAUUGGAAAGCCAGAGUCUUGAGAGGGAUUUAUCGGAUGCAAGGGCCUGUAGAUGAGAAGGAUCAUGAUAAUAUGUAUAUGUUGAAGAUGAAUGCGAUGAUGUAUAUCUUAGGAGUUCAACAUGUAGGUAUCUUCUGAAGCUGAAACAAAGUUUGGGAAUUGGUCCAUGAGUAAGAAAGUUCAUAUGAGAGGCGAGUCUGGGACUUGUAACGUCUGCUCUGCUCCUUGUUCAUCUUGUAUGCAUCUGAACCGAUCUUUAAUGGGGUCAAAAACUGAGGAGUUUUCUGAUGAAAGUUGUCGUGUAAAUGUGGCUAGCCAGUAUUCUGUUAAUGAGAGUGGUACUUUAUAUUCUCUUAAGAAUAGAGCAUCUGAUAGCUUGCAGCACACCACCAGUGAAACAAGUAACCUACUCAGUGUUAAUUCUAGUCAUGAUUCAUUCUCUGAAAAUGCUGAUAGUAAGGCAACCUUAAGGUCGUCUGUUGUAUCUAAUGCUUUAGAAGAUGUUGAGAUGCUUCCAAAUUUGACUUCUGGAGGUACUAUUGCAGAGGAUCAACUUUCUUCCAAACCACAGUUUGUUUUGGAUCAGAGAGUCUCUUCAAAUAUGUAUGAGGAAACUAAAGCAGUAGAAGGCCAUGAUGAUAACAUUUCAUCUGUUAGUAGAGCCAACGAUGCAAAUGAAGCAGUCUGUAACCAUAACAGGAAUAUAAACAAUAGUACUGCUUCAAUUAGUAGUUUAGGUCCAGAAGGAUCUGGGAAGGCAACAUAUUUGAACAAGUCGGGCUCAUCAGAGAUUCCUCCUUCCAAAGAUUUGGAUGUUGGUAGUAGCCCACCAAAGGUGCGAAGAGGUAGACCUGUGGGUGGCAUUUCUGAGGUUUCAAUGAAAAAGUAUCCAAAGUCAGAAGCAGAGACUGAAAAGGAUAGUGGUGACCCACCAGAUGAAGCUAUGAAAUCUUCAGACCAAGAUGAGCAUGAUGAUAAGUCCAAUGAGAUGGUUGAGUUAACUGACAUGCAGGAACCUCCUCUGCAAUCAGUUUCUGGGGAUGAGAGUGAUGAAUCAGACAUUGUGGAGCAAGAUGUAAAAGUAUGUGAUAUUUGUGGAGAUGCAGGUCGGGAGGAUUUGCUUGCUAUAUGUAGUAGGUGCAGUGAUGGUGCAGAACACACCUAUUGCAUGCGAGAAAUGCUCCAAAAAGUCCCUGAAGGUGAUUGGCUGUGUGAAGAAUGCAAAUUUGCUGAGGAAUCCGAAAACCAGAAGCAAGGUUCAGAAGUUGAGGAAAAAAAAAUGGACAAACUUGGUUCAUGUACGCUUGUUUCUGGCAAGCGGUGUGCGGAAAAUAUAGAAGUGGCUCCAGCAAAAAGGCAGGCGCUUGAAACAGGUAUUGGAUCACCAAAGCCAUCAAGCCCCAGCAGAAUAGUUACUGGAUCACCAAAGCCAUUGAGUCCCAGCAGAAUAGUUUCAGGAUCACCAAAGCCAUCAAGCCCCAGCAGAAUAGUUACUGGAUCACCAAAGCCAUUGAGUCCCAGCAGAAUAGUUUCAGGAUCACCAAAGCCAUCAAGUCCUAGCAAAAUAGUUUCAUUACCUCGGGAUUCUUCAUUCAAGAGCAUAGAAAAAGGGAAACUGAAGUCAGCUCAUCAAACAUCUUUUGGCAAUCAUUCUGGUACUGAUAUUCCGGAAACUGCACGUUUUCCUGCCACCGGUCCACGGCCUCAAAAAGUAAAGGGUCCUUUGGUAAAGUCCAAUUCAUUCAACACCCUAAGUUCCAAACCAAAAGUUAAACUUGGAGAUGAAGUCAUUCCCCCAAAGCAGAAGGGCGCUAGAGACUAUAAUUCCCUUGAUAUGAAGGAGGGGCCAGCCAGAAUGAUGGGUAAAUCUAUGUCGUUUAGAUCUGCAAAUUCAGGACGUAUGAAUGCUACUGAAUCAAAGGUUAAAAUGCUUUCAUCUAAAUCUACCCAUGUACAAGAUGUAAAAGGAUUGAAACAAGCAAAAGAACGUGGUACAUUUGAAAGAAAACAUUUAUCUAAACUGGAUCGCCCUCUGGUCAGUUCAACAACUAGUUCUACUGUUUCGACACCUAAGCUUGACCAAAAGCUCACAUCUCGUGGUGAAACCAGUUUGCCUUCAUAUAUUAGCAACAACCGAGAUUCGAAGGUUGUUCAGUCUGAUGGAAAAUUAAGUUUGUCAAAAGUAACAAGCAGUCUAGGUCGUAAAGGUGUAGAAAUUCCAGUUACUUCAGGUGGGGCUUCAUCUACUAGUGGAAUAUGUGGUUCUGCUGCUGAACAAAAGUUGAAUCUGCUUAGCCCUAAGGAUGAACCCUUGUCCACUUAUCCUUUGAACACUGAGAGACCAUCCAAUAGUGCUGAUGUUUCUGGGCAAGAUGGGUUGCCUCGGUCUCAGGAAACAGCAAAUCAGUAUGAGAAAACAAGGGAGAGUUCCACUAUUCGCUCAAGGCCUACUGCAAUAAGUGCCUCAAAAAGUGUUUUCUGUCAAAAAUGUAAAGAUAGUGGGCAUGCUACAGAGUUUUGCACAAUUGGUACUCCGCAGGCUUCUGGUAUUGAUGUAUCUGCCGUAAGAAGUUCUAGAGAGGAAUCGCAUGAAGGUAACAAGUUGAAAGCUGCAAUUCAGGCUGCUUGGCUUAGAAGACCUGAAAUUAACAGGAAGAAAAAAGUUUUUGAUCAACCAGAUGAGUUGUCCACAUCAAGCACAGACAUGAAUAAUGAACUAGCUUCCCAGGAUCAGUUUUUGGUUUCAAAUAAGCCAAAGAAUAUUAUGUCUACUGAAGGAAGUCAUGAAAGGCAAGCUGUUCUUGGGAGUUCUACCUCAGACUCUUGUAAAGAUAGUGGGCAUGCUACCGAGUUUUGCACAAUUGGUACUCCACAGGCUUCUGGUAUUGAUGUAUCUGCCGUAAGAAGUUCUAGAGAGGAAUCGCAUGAAGGUAACAAGUUGAAAGCUGCAAUUCAGGCUGCUUUGCUUAGAAGACCUGAAAUUAACAGGAAGAAAAAAGUUUUUGAUCAACCAGAUGAGUUGUCCACGUCAAGCACAGACAUGAAUAAUGAACUAGCUUCCCAGGAUCAGUUUUUGGUUUCAAAUAAGCCAAAGAAUAUUAUGUCUACUGAAGGAAGUCAUGAAAGGCAAGCUGUUCUUGGGAGUUCUACCUCAGACUCUUGUAAAGAUAGUGGGCAUGCUACAGAGUUUUGCACAAUUGGUACUCCACAGGCUUCUGGUAUUGAUGUAUCUGCCGUAAGAAGUUCUAGAGAGGAAUCGCAUGAAGGUAACAAGUUGAAAGCUGCAAUUCAGGCUGCUUUGCUUAGAAGACCUGAAAUUAACAGGAAGAAAAAAGUUUUUGAUCAACCAGAUGAGUUGUCCACGUCAAGCACAGACAUGAAUAAUGAGCUAGCUUCCCAGGAUCAGUUUUUGGUUUCAAAUAAGCCAAAGAAUAUUAUGUCUACUGAAGGAAGUCAUGAAAGGCAAGCUGUUCUUGGGAGUUCUACCUCAGACUCUUGCAAACAUGCUGUUGUCAAUAAUUCAAAGCAGUCUACUUUGCCCCCCACUGGUGUUUUUUCUUCCAAAGUGGAGGACUCGGAUUCCGCAAUUAUUUCUAUUGGAAAGCAUGCAAGAGAGUUGCCCAGUCAUACAUCCACAGCAAUGUCUUCACUUUUGAAAACAUCAGCCAUUCCCGAAUAUGAAUACAUCUGGCAGGGGGGUUUUGAGGUGCAUAAAGGUGGAAAACUUCUGGACUUAUGUGGUGGAAUUCAAGCCCAUCUAUCAACUUGUGCAUCACCUAAAGUUCUUGAAGUGGUGAACAAGUUUCCCCACAAAGUUCCCCUGCAUGAAGUACCUCGCAUGAGCACAUGGCCAUCCCAGUUUAUUGAAAAUGGCGCUAAAGAAGAUAAUAUUGCUCUAUACUUCUUUGCCAAAGAUGUUGAGAGUUAUGAGAGAAACUACAAGAGCCUGUUGGAUAGUAUGAUCAAACAUGAUUUAGCCCUUAAAGGAAAUCUUGAUGGUGUUGAACUUCUGAUAUUCCCAUCCAACCAGCUUCCUGAGAAGUCCCAGCGUUGGAAUAUGUUGUUUUUUCUAUGGGGUGUGUUCAGGGGAAAGAGGGUAAGUUGUAUUGAUUCAUCAAAGAAGUUAAAUAUUCCCAGUUUGAAUGUCUUGCCGCCGGACAAAGAUAUUCCCUCUGCUGUCAUGACCUUGUCCGAGAAUCUACGAGCACCAAAGCGUAUUGAUGAAGAAUCAGCUGCAUGUAUCAGAUCUGGCAACAUGGUCCUAACAUCCAAUGUCCCUGAUCAGAUGCGUGUCACAGUAUGUAGGGAUAGUGAUAACAACCUAACUUCUUUUGAACAUACAUGUUUGGGAUACCAAGAAAGUUUGGAGCAGCAAGAUGGGAGACGUGACUACAAAUCCAUUUCAAAGAUAGGAACAAGCGGUGCACAAUUGAGCCAAGAAAUGAGACACAGCAGCCUUUCCUUGAAAGAACUGAGUCUUCCGGAGAGACUGGACGCAGAACUUAAAACGCCUCUUCAAGUGACUGGAAAGAGUGGCUCCAACAAUGGUGGCAAGGCACAAAUGCAUUGGGAUACUUCUUCCGACAGGGAUGAUAGGUCGUCUUUGAAAAUUCUUCCUGUUGACAAUAGAGAGAUAGGUAUCUUGGGGAGUGUUUUUGAGGAUAAAAUCCAGGAUAGAAUGAAUGGAGUUCGGGAUCAAGUUAAACUUCAGAGGGAUUUCAAGGAAGGAGAUGGGUUUAUGGACAGAGAGAUGGCUUUGGAGAAAGACGUAACCAAUCACAGGAAACGUCCCUACUUGGAUCUUUCAGAGAAAGCUCCCCAAACUUCUAUUGGCACAAGUCAGAAAAUACCUUGGAAUGAGGUGAGUAACAUUUUCAUAGAUGGAGAAAGUACUGGUAAGAGGCUAAAGACAGGUUUCAGUAUAACAUGUGGACAUAGUGGUGGUUCUAGAGGUAGUAAUUCUAGGAACGAUAAUUUCGCAUCUCAAGUAGUUGAUCCGGGUUCUUGUUCCUCUGUUGAGGAGAAGACAUGUGAUGAAGCUUGCGAUGAGAAAGUUAUUCCGGAGGACACAGGAAAUUCUGAGAGGUACUUCUUUCCUCUAGGUUCACAUAGAGCAAAGGAUUUUGGAAUAGGAGACAACACCAUGCCAUGGAAAAAGCAUCCAUUAGAUGAAGACAAUAAAAUACAUGACGUGUUUCCAAAUCUUGAGCUCGCAUUAGGGGCUGAGACAAAACCCGCAAACAAGGGAAUGCUGCCUUUCUUAGGUGGGACAGUAGGCAAGAAAAAUAACCAAGAAAAGGCGCCAGAUAAGGUGAUAGAGGUGGAGGAUGACGGAGACUCUACAUCCCUUUCCCUGUCUCUGUCAUUCCCAUUCCCAGACAAGGAGCAGACUGUAAAACCUGUUUCAAAAACAGAGCAGCUUCUUUCUGAUAGACCCAAUUUGAAUACCCCACUGCUUCUCUUUGGCAGUGGCUUUGGGGACAAAUAGAAUUGCAGUUAUGUUUCCGUUAUGUAAAUUAGCGUGGCCCCCCCCCCCCCCCCCCCCCCCACUUGGUUGUGAUGAAUUUGUACCGGAUCGUUACACUGAUAUAUCCCGUGGGGAUCAUAGGUGAACCCAUCUUCCAUAUGUUCAUACACCAUACAGGAUUUACUAAUUCCUUUUUUCUUUUUUUAAGAAAAAAACAAUUUAGUUUUUCUGGUUUUUUUUUUUUUUUUGGGUGCAUAGUUACGGCUGUUUGUAUAUAAAGAGAAUCAAAGCCGGCGAAAUAUCAGAUGUCAGUAGGACUUUGCA